GAUCAUAAGCGCGUGCCCGGACGACAUAGCGGCUACCAUGGCAGCGUUGAUCACAGCUGUGUUUGUUUGUGUUUUCAACGCUCUGAUCUCGGUGUGCGCCAUUUCAGGUCAGUGUUGGCUAAUCUUAUACAUUUGUAUUCGUUGUGUGCACAGGCGUUGGAAGGGCGGGGAAUGAAGGGGGUGGGCUGGGGGUGCUGUCCCAUGGGGAGAGCUUUAGCGGAAGGCACUUUUUAAGGAGGCAGCAUUUUCGGCUCACUUAGACUAAUAUAUAACUUAGGGAACAUGCAUUAAUUAUGUCAACAAUUUUUAGGCAUUUUUUUUUACCUCCUCCCUCCCUAUUGUCAACAACUGUCAAACUUUCAAGCCCCUCACUUUUGUCAACAACUGUCAAACUUUCAAGCCCCUCAAUUUUGUCAACAACUGUCAAACUUUCAAGCCCCUCACUUUUGUCAACAACUGUCAAACUUUCAAGCCCCUCACUUUGUCAACAACUGUCAAACUUUCAAGCCCCUCAAUUUUGUCAACAACUGUCAAACUUUCAAGCCCCUCACUUUUGUCAACAACUGUCAAACUUUCAAGCCCCUCAAUUUUGUCAACAACUGUCAAACUUUCAAGCCCUUCACUCCUGUCAACAACUGUCAAACUUUCAAGCCCCUCACUUUUGUCAACAACUGUCAAACUUUCAAGCUCCCCCCUUUUGUCAACAACUGUCAAACUUUCAAGCCCCUCACUUUUGUCAACAACUGUCAAACUUUCAAGCCCCUCCUCCAAUUGAAUUACGUCAAAAAUUGUUUAAGUGUCUUUUUGAAUGCUUAAUUUAUUGAAAUCGGAAAAAGGGGGAUAAAAAAAAAAGUAAUAUCUUUGACUAGAUUAAAUUUUAUAUGGCGGAAGUGUAGGAAUUGCUGCAGAGCUAGAACGUCCAUAAAAAUAGACCCGGAAAAGACCUCACAAAUUCAACUUUUAAAUACGCUGGCAGUAUUUUUUAUUAGAGUAAACAUUAUGAGCCACGUAAAAAAAAAUGAAAAAAGAAGCUAUGUAUAAAAGAAGCUAUGUACAAAAGAAGCUAUGUACAAAAGAAGCUAUGUAUAAAAGAAGCUAUGUACAAAAGAAGCUAUGUACAAAAGAAGCUAUGUACAAAAGAAGCUAUGUACAAAAGAAGCUAUGUACGUCGGUGACUCCAGGAUCAGUCGUGCUCCACACUCCUGACAUGGAUUGCAUUUCCGUGUAUCGUCUUCCGUAAGCAAUUUGUAUCGUUAAUUUGAAAUCAAACCCCCCCCCCCUCCCCUCUACUAUUUUGUUAUGUAAAUCUUUUUCUUUUUAAAGGCCUGUCGGAACCAGAAGUAUUUACCGCACCAUCAGACACAGGUGUCACGCAUGCAGAGAUCGGCAGCUUGUCUCAGUACAUGUCCCGCCUGGAGCUGGAGAUGAACGACUUCAAGAAGUACAUCACCCACGAGAUGGCCGUGAACCCUGCCCUCGCGGACGUGGAGGUCGACCGGUUACAGUCUUUGAUCUUCCAGAAGUACCACCACGGCGGCCACGACUACCUCAUGUCGUUCUAUCAGCCUCACUCGGCCGCCAACACCGAGGCGGCGUGCGAGGCCAUGGGCGGGUACCUGGCGGAGGUGGACACGAAGGACGAGUUCGAAUUCCUCAAAGGCAUCAUCGGGACGCCGAUCGCGAAGGGGAUCGCCUUCGUCAUCGGGGGCACGGACGAGGACCGGGAGGGUCACUGGGUCAACCGUCACAGCGGGUCGCCCCUGGGGUACACCGAGUGGGGGCUCUUCCAGCCGGAGAAUUCGCAUUUCAACGGCCUGGCGGAGAACUGUCAGAUCAUCGAUUACAAGGCCUGGAGGGACGCCUUGGCCAUGAACGAUGCCGUGUGUUUUAUCAACUCUGGUGUCCUAGGUUACUACUUCAUCUGCGAGGUACCAACAUAAGAGUUAUAAAUCAUGGUGGGGGGGGGGGGGGGCCUUUUUUUUGUGUUGUCUCUCUCUCUCUCUUUAAUAUUUUCCUAAUUAUAUAAAAAUGAUUGCCUAUUACCAAAAUGGCUGAUUGCAAUCUCGUUUAUUAAACAGUAUGAUGCAAUGCAAAGAAAUGCGUGUAAGAUCAAGCAUGUCAUGUGUACGGUGGUUUAUGCUAAAGGAGGAAUUUUUUUUUUCCUACGAAAUCAAAUUAUAGAUUCUGCGUUAAUUUCAUGUCUAAAUAUGUAAAUAUAGGCUGAGCAAAUAAGGCCUCUUAAGUUUAUACCUAAAAUUAUGUGAAAUUGGUGAUGAAAUAAAAGAGGGGGGGGGGGACAAUUUUCUCAAAACUUGAUCUUGUGACUAAGUCUUUUUGAAAGAAAAAUGUUGUGUCGCGUAUUUAAUGAAAACGUCUAUUGGUGGGAAAGAGGGGUUAUGUUGUGUCGCGUGUUUAAUAAAAAGGGGGGGGGGGGGGGACAAUUUUCUCAAAACUUGAUCUUGUGACUAAGUCUUUUUGAAAGAAAAAUGUUGUGUCGCGUAUUUAAUGAAAACGUCUAUUGGUGGGAAAGAGGGGUUAUGUUGUGUCGCGUAUUUAAUGAAAACGUCUAUUGGUGGGAAAGAGGGGUUAUGUUGUGUUACAAACCUCUUCUCCGCCCUCCUCAUUACGACGAAUCGCAGUGAACUUACUUUUCAUCUCCCCUGUUCUUUCUUGCACGUAUUUUAAUCUGUCAAUUACAUAUUAUGUCCUGUCACAUAUCUCUUGCUGUCCUCUCGAAUAAUAUUUUACACCACAG